ACGGGAGCAGUUCCGGGGCGGUCCCGGGGCGGUCCCGGGGCGGUGUGCGCCGUCACUGCCGCCUUCUCGGCGGGCGAUUCCAAGGCGCUGUCGGGCUCUCUGCCGGCCGGUCGGCGGGCGGGCGGCCGGGACGCGAUGGCGCUGUGCCCGGAGCUGGAGCGCUCGCUGUCGCUGCUGCAGCCGGGCGCCGGCCGGGCCCGGCAGCAGCAGGAGCGGCGGGCGGACGCGGCCCCCACGCCCAUGGUGUUCAUGUGCGCCGGCUGCGGGCGCCCCGUGGGCGACACCCGCACCUGGGGUUCAGUGUCGAGGACAGCGGUCCCAUCCUGCUGCGCAGUGAGUACCAGCGCUGCCACCCCCGUGCCGCCGCGGUCGCUGCCGCCGUGCCUCCUGCCCUGCCUCCCGCCGCAGCUGCGGCCGCCAGCGUCGCCGCGGACCCGGGGCGGAAGGGCUCCGAGCUCCCCGGAGAGUGCGGAUGGUAUGAUAACGCAACUUGCAGAAAAGUACAGCCUACCAAUGAAAACAAGUUUCAGCUCUGCUCGUGGAUUUUUUAUCCAGAUGAAUGCUGAUUGUUCAACAUUACCUAAUGGCCAGCUUCCUUCAGAAUUUACAAAGAUCACGAAAAUGAAAAACACAUACAGCUUCACUUCAGCUGAUUUAAUAAAAAUGAAUGAAAGAUGUCAGGAGUCCCUGAGAGAAAUCUAUCACAUGACCUAUUUAAUAGUGUGUAAACUACUGAAUGAGAUCUAUGAACACAUUCAUUGCUUAUACAAGCUGUCUGACAUUGUGUCUUUGCUGGAUAUGCUGCUUUCGUUUGCCCACGCCUGCACUCUUUCUGAUUAUGUUCGUCCAGAAUUUACCGAUACUUUAGCAAUCAAGCAGGGAUGGCAUCCCAUUCUUGAAAAGAUAGCUAUGGAAAAACCUGUGUCUAACAACACAUACCUGACAGAGGGCAACAAUUUUGUCAUUAUUACAGGACCAAAUAUGAGUGGAAAAUCAACAUACCUGAAACAAAUUGCUCUCUGUCAAAUUAUGGCACAGAUUGGUUCUUAUGUCCCAGCAGAGUAUUGUUCUUUUCGAAUCGCAGAGCAGAUUUUUACCAGAAUAGGUAUGGAUGAUGAUAUUGAAACAAAUGCAUCAACAUUCAUGAAGGAAAUGAAAGAGAUAACGUACAUCAUACAAAAUGCUAAUGAUAAAUCUCUCAUCAUUAUUGAUGAACUUGGCAGAGGUACCAGUGCCGAAGAAGGUAUUGGCAUUUGUUAUGCUGCCUGUGAAUAUCUGUUGAACUUAAAGGCAUUUACACUGUUUGCUACACAUUUCCUGGAACUAUGUCAUAUAGACGCUUUAUAUCCUAACGUGGAAAACUACCAUUUUGAAGUGCAACAUGUGAGAAGCAGUGCUGGAAAUAAGGAGAAAAUUGCUUACACUUACACACUUUCUAAGGGAUACACAGAGGAAAAGAACUAUGGACUAAAAGCUGCAGAAGUGUCCUCCCUACCAUCAUCCAUAAUUUUGGAUGCAAAGGAAAUUACAAAUCACAUUGCAAAACAAAUUUUGCACAGGCAGAAAAGCACUCCUGAGAUGAUGAAACAGAGAGCUGCAUACCAGUUAGCAAUGAGAGUGGUUCAGACUGCCAGAAAUUCUCGACUGGACCCUGACAGUUUGCGUGUAUAUUUGAAAGCCCUGAAGAAAAAGUAUGAAGCCAGUUGUCCUACACCUGGAAAAAAUUAUGAGCAACAGUAAUGUAUAACAUAGACUGUUGUUCUAACUUUUAUGACUGCAAGAUGAUGCUGGUUUUCCCCAAAGUAUUAGUACUGUCUUUUCACGUCGUGUUAUGUUUUUAAUUCUUAGUCUAAAUUACACUCAGUAAUGGAAGACCAUAUCCUUUAUGGGUUCCCUCUCUUCUCUGACAUACCUGGAAGAAAAGCAUUUGCCUUCUAUGAGGAACACAAUUCUUUUUGACAGUAAAUUGUAUCAUUUCCAUCAUUUUAGAGCAGCAUUGAGAGGAGAGGGAAGGACUGGGGCAGAAUACUAAGGAACUCAGAAUUUCAGGCAUGACCCAAAAGAAAGCUGAGACUGCAAAAAGGGAAAACUGUGUCCAAAUUGCCUCGAAGCAGUUUUUGCUGUCUGUUCUUAUUCCUGUUUUAUUCUCGACGCUCCCUGUGCCAUUGUUUCCCACUGGAUCCUUGUGUCUCGUUCCCUGUGCCUGUUCCUAUUUUAUCCCUCUCUGCCAUGUUGCGCAUCCGCUUUGUUUCGAUUUUUAAAAUCGUUUUCAUCCUGCACCCUGUUCUUCCUUUUCUUCCUAUGUCCUCUCUGCUCCCACUCCCUCUUUCUGCCUCUCAUCGUCCGUCCCUGGUGCUCCCAUCCCACGACUGGAUGGGUCCAUGAGCGCAGAUCGGGAUGCCGGUGCUGCAGCCUCCCGGGGGCAGCAGCAGCAGCGUCGUGGGGAAGGGAGGAACCACCUGCUGCCACCGGCCCGAGCGCAGGAGUGGAGCCUGAGCCAGAGCCGUGGCAGCGUCCCUGGCCCGUGCCGUGGGGCGGCUGGUGGCCCGCCACAGCGGGGCUGGAGAGGAACUUCAGCCCUUCUGGGGGCUUCCUCCCUUUCUUGUUGCAGCAGAAUCCCUUUUUGGGGGGAUGUACGUGUGGAAAGGGCUGGAAUAAAGUGCCGUGCUGCUGUCCCAA